AAGCCCAAAGCGGGCGGAGGUGCGCGGGCGCGGGCAAGCAACCGGCCACCCACCGAGCUCGGCUCCGCUCAGCGGCAGCAGCACGGCAUGGGCGCAAGCACUAAAAAGAAGCAAGCGGCCGCGCCUACAGCCCAAACUCACCUCGCCUUCUCUCUCUCUCUCCCCCCCCUUCGCCUCCUCUCCCAAAGUCCCAACGGAGCCGGCCGGGAGCUCUGUCGCCUCCCGCGAGGCUGUGUGGUGAGGAGGCGCGGACGAGAUGAACGAGCAGCAGGGGCUCGGUGGCUUCGGCGGGGGCCGCGGGGGCGUGCAGGGCCACGGGCGGGAGGCGAUGGCGCUCCUGCAGCACCACGACCAGCGGCGGCGGCAGCAGCUGGAGGAGGAGGAGGACGACGAGGCGGUGCGGCGCCAGAUGUUCGGCGGGUUGGCGGCGUACCCGGCGGCGCUGGGCCACGGCCACCAGGUGGACUACGGGGAGGACGCCGGCGGGCUCGGGGACAGCGACGCGGGCGGGUCGGAGCCCGAGGCGCCGCCGGAGCGGACGCGCGGUGGCGGUGGGUCCGGCAGCAAGCGGAGCCGCGCUGCCGAGGUGCACAACCUCUCCGAGAAGAGGAGGAGGAGCAAGAUCAACGAGAAGAUGAAGGCGCUGCAGAGCCUGAUACCCAAUUCCAACAAGACCGACAAGGCAUCCAUGCUUGACGAGGCCAUUGAGUAUCUGAAGCAACUGCAGCUCCAAGUGCAGAUGCUGUCUAUGAGAAAUGGUGUUUACUUGAACCCUCCAUAUUUGUCUGGCGCAAUUGAGCCUGCACAAGCAUCACAAAUGUUUGCUGCACUUGGUGGGGGCAACAUCACAGCGUCAAGCUCUGGGGCAGUGAUGCCACCAGUAAACCAAAGUUCAGGAGUUCACCAGGCAUUUGACCCAUUAAAUCCUCCACGAAACCAACCACUGUCUUUUGUGUUACCAAAUGUAGACAAAACCAUUCAAGAAGCUCCAUUUCACUUGGAAUCAUCGCAGUCCCACCUUCGAACAUUUCGAAUGCCUGAAUCUUCUGAGAUGAUGCUUCCGGGCGAGGUAGUGGCAAAGCACCAGUUAACUUCAACUCAAGAAAGAGUUAGUCUGCCAGGAAUUGAUAUGAACCCCAUUAGGCAAGAAUCAUCCAUUGUAAAUGCUGAUCAUUUCGAUGGUUGCUCACAUAGCAAAGAGUGACUACAAGAUAUGGUGCCAAAAAAUGCAGGACAAGUUUAGUCUUGGACAGCUUAGGAAAUGGCGACUGAUGAAACUGAAGUGAGGACCGAAGGCAGGACGACACAGUUCAGUAACCCAGCUGACACGCAGGCUUCCCCUUUAUUUGCCUCUGUUACUGCAAUAGUGACUCUUUUUUUUUUUGGAAGAGGUAGUGACUUAAUUUUUUGAUGAAGCAACCUGAAAGCUUCACCUUUCCUUUUUCUUUGAAAAUUAGCAUGGCAGUAUUAAUAGUACAAAACCAUGUGCCGUUGCACUUGCACGUUUCAUGGUAUAAUAAUAUGGAAAGCUACCAGGUGAUUGAGACUGUAA